UUUACAGCUUAGUGUCUGUGGCUCCGUAAUUAAUUGUAGCUAUCUGUCUCCUAUCGAUGUGUUGUAAAGAACAUGAAAUAGUUGUUUUUUUAUUAGCAGAGUUGUCGGCGUAAAAGAUUGAGACCCAACUGUGCUGCUGCUUGUUGCCAUUUUACCUUGCGUGUGAUGUUGGAUAUGGGAGAACGGAAAGAAGUGAAAAUGAUUCCUAAAUCAUCGUUCAGUAUAAACAGUCUGGUGCCUGAAGCCGUCCAAAGUGACAACCACCACAGAAACAUCCCCGAGGAAGAGGAGAAGAUUCCUUUACCUACCCUUGUGCAGGACGCAAAGUCGGACAACAUUUGCACAAAAAAUGACAAUUCCUCCAAUGAAACGACUUGCACGGACGAGAAGGAAAAACAGGAAGAGAAGAAGGAUAGCAAAGAGGGGGAGAGUGGUGGGAAAGACGGUGAAAAGAAAAACGGCAAGUACGAGAAACCUCCAUUCAGUUACAAUGCUUUAAUUAUGAUGGCUAUUCGGCAGAGCCCAGAGAAACGACUAACUCUGAACGGUAUUUACGAGUUCAUUAUGAAGAAUUUUCCCUAUUACCGGGAGAACAAGCAGGGUUGGCAGAAUUCCAUCAGGCAUAACCUCAGCCUAAACAAAUGUUUUGUUAAAGUCCCGAGGCACUACGAUGACCCGGGUAAGGGGAACUACUGGAUGCUUGACCCCUCGAGUGAUGAUGUGUUUAUUGGUGGGACUACCGGCAAACUUCGCAGGAGAUCUACCACAUCCAGGGCAAAGUUGGCUUUUAAGCGGGGCGCUCGUCUUACUUCAACUGGGUUGACCUUUAUGGAUAGAGCCGGCUCUCUAUAUUGGCCAAUGUCACCGUUUCUUUCGCUUCACCAUCCGAGGGCCAGCAGCGCAUUGAGCUACAAUGGAACAUCACCUGCUUACGCUAGUCAUCCUAUGUCCUACGGUACAAUGUUGACUCAAAACAGUUUGGGAAACAAUCAUUCUUUCCCCUCUUCCAAUGGCCUAAGUGUUGACAGACUUGUGAAUGGAGACAUUCCCUAUGCCACUCAUCACCUAACCGCGGCGGCUUUGGCGGCCUCUGUGCCAUGUGGUCUAUCGGUGCCCUGCUCCGGGACUUAUUCUUUAAACCCAUGUUCAUCCAUAAACCUCCUUGCAGGACAGACAAGUUACUUUUUCCCUCAUGUCCCCCAUCCAUCCAUGACCUCCCAGAGCAGCACUUCGAUGGCGGCCCGGGCUGCCUCCUCCUCAUCAUCAUCCCCCCAGGCGCCCUCGUCUCUUCCCUGUGAGUCUUUAAGGCCCUCUCUACCAAGUUUCUCUUCAGGACUUUCUGGAGGACUUUCUGAUUACUUCACACACCAAACUCAAGGGUCAACUUCAAAUCCACUUAUACACUAACAAAACAUCCCACAGGAGCAAGACUUGGGUGAAAGGGAAAGGAAAUGCCUUUCACCGGGCAAAUACUGACCAAAAACGGGUUCAAUCAACGUACGUCUUUUCAACCAAGAAAUGAAAAUGGAAAACAUGUUGGAUUUUGCAAAAAAUUAAGAAUUUUAUUUGACAACUUGAAAUUACAUCUGUGCAUUUGAUAGUAUUAUUUAUGUUUUGUAUUGUCAGAAUGGACAUUCUCUUCGGGCAAUGAAUGUGUUUUCUGUCUUGUAUAUUGUGAUGUUAAUAUCAGAAUUUUUUCCAUUGUAAACUAUUUCAACAUUAUUGCAAAUUGUAUGGACAUGUUCAGCAUUACACAUGACUACAACAUACUACAUCAGAUCAUGAAUGCAGUGGCAGAAUAUCUGAGGCCAGGUGGUUUAGUCUAAUGGUGAGACCCCCAGUUGCAAAUCACUGCAAUUAAUAGCUGAUUUUGAAACUGGCAAACAUGUUGUAGAAGGUGAUCAAAUUCACAUGGGAUGACAUUUGCUGUUUUUCCCAAUACCCAGUGCAACACAUUAGACCUUGCCACUGUUGUCAUGUCUGCCAGUCCUUCAGUACAGCUCCCAAUGUAAGUUCCCCUGUCAGUAAUGAGCUUUUAUGGCGUCCCCUCCAUCUCCCAUGCUCCCCAGGUACCGUCACCUGAAAACACGACAACAGAAAACUGCUUUUUUAGGGUUAGUGGUCUUGCUGUGAAGGUUUCAGAAAUUUGUGAAAAUAAAAAAGGCAUGUAGACCCUCCUUCUCUCCCCACCAGCUGAGCUGAACACGGAACCCGGGGUGACCCUGCCACCAAUUUUACAGACCAAUUAUCUACUUGGAAUGGUGGGAGUUGAACAAACAAACAGCAGCCCUGCUGAGCGCUGGCAGGUCUCUGGCUUGUGGGAGACCUAGGAGCCUCUCACAGGGCUUUUACACCAGAUCAAUUCUUCAUCACAAAGCCGAGCCAGCACCAGCUAUAAUUCUCCCUCCUCAUUCACCAGCCCCAUUCGCAUGGCCUCCACACCCACCACCAAAACCUUUCCCUCAUUGAUCACCUCCGUGCCAUCAACGCGAAGGACAAAGGAACCGGAAUAACCAUGAAUUCAUUUAUUUACAGAUGUAUCCAUUUCGAAUCACCUCAACCAGUGGGUUUUGAUGCUUGAAUAAAAUGUUUGUUUUUUC